AUGGGGUCUUUCAACCAGUCGAAGAGGUUGAGGAAUCUGCAAAGUAUGAAAAGUGGCGCGAUUAAACUACCGCGGCAUUGGUCGAAAAUGUUGGGACUAGUUAACGUGAGCAAGGCGUCAAUUGAGGAAAUAUUGCAAGCAGCGGAAAGUGGGAACGUCGAGGAUUUUAUGAGGCUGUACCUCAGCGAGCCGUCUCGGUUGGCAGUUCGCGACACUAGAGGGCGCACCGCAGCGCACCAAGCCGCCGCGCGCAACAACACGAACAUACUCCAUUUCAUCAACAACUAUGGCGGAGAUCUGAACUGUCAGGACAACAGUGGCAACACUCCAUUGCAUGUGGCUGUGGAGAAUGAGGCUUUGGAUGCGAUCGAGUUCCUUCUGCAACAACAUGUGAACACGGGACUACUGAAUGAGAAGACUCAAGCGCCUAUUCAUUUAGCUACUGAACUUAACAAGGUGCCAGUCCUUCAAGUGUUCGCGAAAUAUAAAGGCCAGUUCAAUGUCGACCAAGGGGGGGAGCACGGGAGAACAGCCCUCCACUUCGCCGCCAUCCAUGACCAUGAUAUGUGCGCCAGAGUUUUGAUAACGGACCUGGGUGCUGAGUGCAAGCGGCCGUGUAAUAACGGGUACUACCCCAUACAUGAAGCGGCUAAGAACGCGUCUUCGCGUACUAUGGAAGUAUUCCUCCAAUGGGCCGAGUCCAGAGGCUGUACAAGAGAGCAAAUGAUUUCUUUAUACGACAACGAGGGGAACGUCCCUCUGCACUCCGCGGUGCACGGGGGGGACAUUAAGGCUGUGGAGCUGUGUCUGAGGUCUGGAGCCAAAAUAUCGACGCAGCAACACGAUUUGUCCACUCCAGUGCACCUGGCUUGUGCUCAGGGUGCGCUGGAGAUCGUGAAGCUGAUGUUCGCGAUGCAGCCUAAAGAGAAACAGGCCUGCCUGACCUCGUGUGACGUGCAGAAGAUGACUCCAAUACACUGCGCUGCGAUGUUCGACCAUCCCGAUAUCGUCAGCUAUCUGAUCUCUGAAGGAUCAGACGUCAAUCCCUUGGACAAGGAGAGGAGGUCGCCGCUGUUACUCGCUGCUUCCAGGGCUGGCUGGAGGACUGUUCAUAUCUUGAUCCGUCUUGGCGCCGACAUACAACUGAAGGACAUAAAUUCAAGGAACGUGCUUCAUUUGGUGGUGAUGAAUGGUGGUAGACUUGAAGACUUUGCUGCCAAUUGCAAGGAUCGUUGUGAGAAGAGCCUGGCGCAACUCCUGAAUGAGAAGGACAGUACCGGGUGCUCGCCACUGCACUACGCCAGUCGAGAAGGCCACAUCAGGUCCUUGGAAAACCUCAUCAAACUCGGCGCAUGUAUUAAUUUAAAAAACAACAAUAAUGAAAGCCCUCUUCAUUUUGCUGCCAGAUACGGUCGGUACCACACAGCCUGUCAGCUGCUGGACUCAGAUAAAGGCACGUUUAUCAUCAAUGAGAGUGAUGGUGAGGGCUUGACUCCGCUGCACAUAGCUUCCCGCGAGGGCCACACUAGAGUGGUUCAACUCCUACUGAACCGUGGAGCACUCCUACACAGGGACCAUAAUGGCAGGAACCCUCUACAUCUAGCCGCUAUGAGUGGCUACACUCAAACUAUAGAACUCCUGCAUUCGGUUCACUCACAUCUGCUGGACCAAGUCGAUAAAGAUGGGAACACACCACUCCACUUGGCGACGAUGGAGAACAAACCGAACUCCAUAGCUUUAUUAUUGUCUAUGGGCUGCCGUUUGAGCUACAACAACCUUGACAUGAGCGCCAUCGACUACGCUAUUUACUACAAGUUCCCUGAUGCUGCUCUCGCCAUGGUCACCCACGAGCAAAGAGCAAAGGAAGUUAUGGCUCUGCGUUCAGACCGCCACCCUUGUGUCACCCUGGCUCUCAUUGCCUAUAUGCCAAGAGUCUUCGAAGCUGUCCAGGACAAGUGCAUCACCAAAGCCAACUGCAAGAAAGAUUCCAAGAGCUUUUAUAUAAAGUACAACUUCGACGCUCUGUGUCCUCAAGUAAAAGACGAAGACGGCAACAGGAAGACAGAUAACGUCCCUAUAUCUCAGAAAAUUCCUUUGCCAGCUCUCAAUGCUAUGGUUGCACACGGGAGAGUGGAAUUGCUAGCUCAUCCUUUGAGCCAAAAAUAUUUGCAAAUGAAGUGGAACUCGUAUGGAAAGUACUUCCACCUCGCCAAUUUGCUGUUCUACUGCAUAUUCCUGAUGUUCGUCACGGUGUACACGUAUCUGCUGAUGUCGAUCACGAAUCCGAGCAACACAAUGACGAAGAAACAAGCAGAAAAAUGUUUGACGUCUAAUUCAACCAAUGGAACUAAUGGAACGGAUUUAACAAUAGAUUUAGAUUUUGAAACAAUAGUUGCAAUGUACACGAGCACUUUAGCAAUUCUGGUUUACAACUCUCUUUGCCUGAUCCGUGAGGCUUAUAAUGUGAAGCAGCAGAAGUGGCACUACAUGGUGGAUCCCUCGAACCUCGUUUCCUGGAUGCUGUACAUCAGUUCCACGUUGAUGGUGUUUCCAACGCUCAUCAACACGAACAGUGAUCUUCAGUUCUCAGCGGCCUCCAUAACAGUGUUUCUCUCCUGGUGUAAACUGUUGCUGCUGCUGCAACGCUUCGACCAAGUUGGCAUCUAUGUGGUGAUGUUUCUGGAGAUCUUACAGACGCUGAUCAAAGUGCUGAUUGUCUUUUCCAUCCUCAUCAUCGCGUUUGGGCUGGCGUUUUAUAUUCUGCUGUCCAAAGGUAGUCACCUCGCUUUCAGCACUAUACCGAUGUCUUUGAUGAGAACCUUUGCAAUGAUGCUUGGUGAGAUCGACUUCGUUGGCACAUACGUCCAGCCGUACUACAAGUCCGAAACUGAAGUCGUCUUGCCCUUCGCAAUGCCGACUUUCUUCAUCCUUGGAAUAUUUAUGGUGCUAAUGCCCAUUCUUUUAAUGAACCUGCUGAUCGGUUUGGCUAUUGGAGACAUCGAAAGUGUCAGAAGAAAUGCGCAGCUGAAGCGUCUAGCGAUGCAGGUGGUGCUGCACACGGAGCUCGAGAGGAAGCUACCAGCAAUUCUUCUGGAGAAGGUAGACAAAAACGAGCUCAUCGAAUACCCGAACAACAACAAAUGCAAACUUGGCUUCCUUGACCUGAUUCUGAGGAAAUGGUUCUGUAACCCCUUCACCGACGAUGCUGGCUUAGAUUUGGUGCUGGAAAGCAGUGAGGAUUACAUUUCUGCUGAACUGGACAAGCAGAAGCGAAGGUUGCGAGAGAUGGCGCAGCUAAUGGAACAACAGCACACCCUGGUCCGACUAAUCGUGCAAAAAAUGGAAAUAAAAACCGAAGCUGAUGACGUGGACGAAGGCGUCUCUCCAGGAGACACCAGGGUGGUUCCACGAUGGAGUUCACCAAGGAUUAGGAAGAAACUACGAACCGCACAAUCUUUUAACAAAGGAGGAUAAACAGACUGUGUAGGCGUAACAAUGGUGCAGACGCAAACUUGAUUUUUACCUCGACAAGGAUCUUGUGGCACUUG